AUGCACAACUUCGCUGCAUUUUUUCUCUACGCCUUUGUUGCGUGCAAUCUAUACGGAUUAGGUAAAUCCCAAUCACAGGAUGAUACUGGCUCCGUUUAUAUCCUGAAGGAUGAUCCAUCCCGAGAGCUCCAACCUCUGCCGAAUAGUAUUCAAUUCCUCCAGAAGCAAUUAAAGUUACAAAUUACAACACAGAAAACAACACUGGCGAUUCUGGACACCAUGCAAAAAAAUACCCAGGAGAAACUAGAAGCCAUUCAAAGGGAAGUGCUUAAGAGUCUUGAUCAAAUUAGAGGCGAAACAAAUGAAAGGCUGAUCCAGAUCCAAAAUCAACAGGCGGACAUCCAGAUGUCAAUCAAGGCCUUGAUGGAGAGAAGGCAGGCGGAGACUGCGCCACCGAAAGUGGUCAUCAUCCCACCAGGAUUUGAGAAAAUAGGAUCCAGAUACUUCUAUAUUGAAGAAGAAGUUAGCAAAAAUUGGACUGAUGCUCAACUAUUCUGUCGAGAAAAGGGAGCUUACUUGGCUGCUAUCCAAGAUCAAAAGGAAUUCAAAGACGUGACAUUGAAACUCCAGAAGGACAAUCGCUACUGGCUGGGCAUUAACGAUAUCGAAAAUGAAGGAAUAUAUAUUUCCGAUGCUUCUGGGAAUGUAGCUCCAUUUCUGAAAUGGGGUCUUGGAGAUCCCGACAGCAUGGAAAAGAAUGAGGACUGCAUUGGCGUUGUGGCUGGCGUUGCUUACAGCGCUAUGGUUGAUUGGCCAUGUAAACUUGAGUUUCAUGUCAUUUGCAGUUUGGACAAUACUGUUUAG